UAAAACACCAGAAUAAUCCUCUCUCUUUUACCUUCUUUCUUCUCUCUAUUAUUAUACACUUUCUAGCAUUACUCUAUUUUUCUUCUUAAAUAAAAUAUUUGUCUAUUUUUGAGUAAAUAUAUAUUGAUGCUAAACUUAUUAUUUCUCAUCUUUGAAAUUGAUGUCUGCAAUUCUCAAUGAACUCUUUCUUUGUGGUUUUAUGAUAACCACAUAUAGGCACAGGACCCAUUUGGUGCAAUCUUUUUCUGUUGUUUUUCUCUAUUGGUUUUAUUGCAUCUCAUAAUCAAAUUAAUUAUGUUAUUUAAUUAAUUCCCCCAUAAAAUUAUUAUUAUUGCAUACACAUAAGUACUACUUAUAGUUUCAACCAAAAAAAUCACUAUUUUGGGUCCUGCUAAUUUUUAAUUACUAUUAUUUAAAAAAAAAAUGGUCAUGGCUUCAUCAAGUGGAACAUCAUCAGGGUCAAGGUCAGGGUCAGGGUCAGGAUCGGGGUCAGGGUCAUAUACACUUCUAAACUCGGGUUCAGAAGAAGAUUUACAACAAUUGAUGGAUGAGAGAAAGAGGAAGAGAAUGAUAUCAAAUCGCGAAUCAGCUCGGAGAUCGAGAAUGAAGAAACAAAAGCAUUUGGAUGAUCUCAUGUCCCGAUUGUCCAAUCUCAUGAAAGAAAAUAACGAAAUAUUGACAAGCAUGAGUGUCACGACCCAAAAUUACCUGAAUAUUGAGGCUGAAAACUCAAUCCUAAGAGCACAAGUGUCUGAACUCAAACAAAGGUUCGAGUCCCUGACAAAAAUCACAAGUGUCUUGAGUUACAACGACAACGACAAUGGAAUAUCAAAUGAUCAGAUAAUUUAUGAGUCGUCUUUGGCUGAUGCGCUUAUUCAGAACGAAUCUUGGAAUUAUAUGUACCACCCCAUCAUGACCGCAGACAUCAUGCAAUAUUAAUUGGUUUAUAAAUUAAGGACUUAAUCAUCAUCAGCAGGAUCUAAGAUUAAGAAAUUUUUAGUAUUAGUAAUUACUACUAAUUAGUACUUACUACUUCGGAGGGGUGUGUUUAAGUAAAGAUUAAUUAGUUUGUAAGAAUAAGUCCAUAUAUUGUUAUUAGUUAAUAUUGGGGGUGUUUGUAACUUUGUGCAACUUGUAAUUACUAAUUAGUAUGAUUUUUU